ACGUGGUUAGUCUGUAGAGCACUGUGAGGUUACAUGGGUGUGAGUCUGAAGAGUUAGCAUGAAUAGCCUCAGUGUACUCGUGUGGUAUGGGGAAGGUCAGUGUCUUGUCAGAUGGAGAGGUGGCGUAUAUACAGUGCACACUCACAAUGCCCGAUGUUGCGUGUAGGGCAACGCUUGGGGUAAAUGAAAGAAAAACGGGUUAUUGUUCACUGACUGCAUAAUAUACGGUAAAUGCAGUUACAUGGACUGAUUACAUGACAGAACAAAUAAGUGAUUGAACUGCAAGAUAUGAUAUGAUGAACAAUUGUCAAACUACUUGGAUGAUUGAAGAACUAAAACCUGUAUUUUGAAGCGCUUUCCUCUCUCAUCACGACUAUUUUCAGAAGUCCACAACCACCACCACCACUGCCACCACCAUAGUCGCUCGCAUAGUCGCUGCCACAGCCUCGCUCCGGGAGUUUGUGGUACGUGUGGGUGGCCAGACACGCACCACCGCCACCGCCACCACCACCGCCACCACCACCACCAUGCAUUUCGAAGAUCUGUUGGAAGAGGUCGGAUCCUUCGGCCUCUACCAGCGCGUCCUGUGCUUCCUGCUCAUCCCGAUUACUACAGGCGUGGUGGGCCUCACCUAUUACUUCCAGUUGUUCAUCCUGACGGCGCCGCCCCACACGUGCCGUCAGGAGGUGGUGGGCAACGCAACGCAGAUGGAGACGUUGCUGGAGGCGACACCCUAUACGUCAGCAGUUCGGGAGCCGUACGUGUGCCACCAGUUCCCAGCUAACUACACCCUCCCCGUCAACGCCUCCUCCCUGGCCUCCCUCAGCGCCCCCUCCGUGCCCUGCGACAACGGCUGGGACUAUGACUACCAAACCUACUUCUCCUCCUACACUUCUGAGCGCGACUGGGUAUGCGACGAGGCGUGGCGGAACUACUUGGUGGUGACUCUCUUCUGGGUUGGCAACACUGUCGGAUCCUGGCUGUGGGGACUCGUCUCGGACCUGCGUGGGAGGCGUGUGGCCAUCGCGGGCAGCCUGCUGGUGUAUAGCUUGGCGGGGCUGGCGUCAGUCUUUGCCAAGGAUUUCUACUUGUUCUCUACCCUACGCUUCCUGGUGGGCUCCUCUCACCACACCGUCACCCAUCUACCCUUCGUGCUGGUGGUCGAGUACUGUGGUCUGAAGGCCCGAGUGGUUCCCCUCUUCACGAUCAUGGUCACCUACACUCUUGCUUCCAUCGCCGCCCCUGCCAUCGCCUAUCUCGUGUGGGACUGGACUUAUCUCACCCUCAUUGCUGCUAUCCCCUCCCUGGCUUUCCUCUUAGGCUUCAAAUGGCUCCCGGAAUCUGCUUCGUGGCUUUUGACGAAAGGAAGAGUGGAGGCUGCCAGAACCCAGCUGUCCAGGGUGGCGAAAGUAAACAAGCAGGAGCUGUCUGGGGAGAGGCUGACGACGCUGCUGGUGGAGGCUGGGGAGGGGGAGGCAGAUGGGGACAAGAAGAAGAGUGGUGGUGGGGUUUCCAUUCUUCAGGCUGUCCAAUAUCCGAAGCUAAGAUGCAAUAUUCUGCUGGUUCUGCUGGUGUGGAUGUUGGCGUGCAUGUGUUUCUACGGCCAUUGCCAGAACACAGCCAACCUGGGGAGCAGUGUUCUGAUGAGCUACUUGCUGGGGGCCGUGGUGGAGGUGCCGUCCUGGUGUGUGCCCCUCCUCAUCCAUCGCUUUGGCCGCCGCAUGCCCCUCGCGUCCGCCUUCCUCAUCUCGGCCCUCGCUGGGUUCAUCUAUGCUCUUGUGCCUGCAGACAUGGAGUGGUUGGUGCUGGUGGUGGCGCUGAUGGGCCGUGCCUCCAUCACCGGUGCCUACUACAUCACCCUGCAGUACGGCCCUGAGAUAUUUCCCACGGAGGUCAGGGGACAGGGGGUGGCCCUCUCGGAGACCCUUGGUGGCGUGGCGAUAUUCAUCUCUCCCAUGGUGGUGUACCUGGGAGAGUUUAAGAGAACGGCUCCUCUGCUGGUGUUUGCUGGGCUGUCAGUGCUGGGCGGGGGUGCCACACUGUUGCUGCCGGAGACUGCGGGCAUGGUGCUCCCUCAGACGCUGGCCCAGGCUGAGGUGUUCUCCAGGCAGGCCACUCCACUGUGCUGCGGGUCAAGAUCAAAAGGAGAAGGGAAGGAGGAGGAACAAGGUGACGAGACGCUCUAGCCUUUCCUAUCGUCUUCACUAUCUUGUCUUCUCUCUCCAUUUCUACACUCUUCUUUAACCUCAUCCAGCACAAAAAAAAAAGAUUGGUGUGUGUGUGUGUGUGUGUGUGUGUGUGUGUGUGUGUGUGUGUGUGUGUGUGUGUGUGUGUGUGAUAAGGUAAUUUGAUGCCUGAAGUUAUUUUUCUUAUUAGUAAUUUUUCUAAAGGACAAAAGUGCAAUAUGGAUGUGUAGAUACUCAUGUGUGUGUGUGUGUGUGUGUGUGUGUGUGUGUGUGUGUGUGUGUGUGUGUGUGUGUGUGUGUUUUACUGAUAACUUCGUAAUUACCAAGACAUGCAGGUGUUUUCGGGUGCAAAAAUGUGACAAAAUCAAAGGUGCUAUAAUGUGGACCAAAUUAAAUAUAACUUUUA